ACGGGGCCGCGCAUGUGAGUCGUGGCCGCGCUCUGCUCUCAUCUCCUCCUCCUCCUCCAGGUGUGGGGGGUGAGCUUGACAUGUUUCGAAUAGAAAGCGAGCGUCUCGUUUCCAGCUGAGCGCGUACUCUCUCCCGGCGCGUGUGCGUGCGUGUGUAUGUUGUUAUUAUUAUCGCGCUCUCCGCCGCGCGCAGAAUGGCUAGAUUCACCCAGACUGAAGCGAGGAGGCAGCAGCAGCAGCAUCCUCAGCAUCCUCAUCCUCAGCCUGCCCACGCCAGCCUGCUCCUCACCGGACCGGGGGCGGUACCGAGCCAGGCAGCGGCACCACUGCUCCUGUUCCCGCACCCGCACCAGCCCCAGUACGCGCACAUCACCUUCCCCAAGCCCAUGAACGGCUCAGAGCCCAUCUCCAUCCACCCCGACAACGGCACCAUGAAAGACCAGGAUGCCAUCAAGCUCUUUAUAGGACAGAUCCCGCGCAACCUGGAGGAGAAGGACCUGAAGCCUCUUUUCGAACAGUUUGGAAAGAUCCACGAACUGACUGUCCUCAAGGACCGCUACACCGGCAUGCACAAAGGCUGUGCGUUCCUCACGUACUGCGCUCGUGAAUCAGCCAUCAAAGCCCAGAAUGCAUUGCAUGAACAGAAGACUCUACCAGGGAUGACACGGCCUAUUCAGGUGAAGCCAGCUGACAGCGAGAGUCGAGGAGAGGACCGGAAGCUGUUUGUGGGCAUGUUGAAUAAGCAGCAGACGGAAGAGGACGUGUACCGCUUUUUCGAGCCCUACGGAGUCAUUGAAGAGUGCACCGUAUUACGAGGCCCUGAUGGAAACAGUAAAGGUUGUGCCUUUGUUAAGUUUUCCACACACACCGAGGCUCAGUCUGCCAUCAGCGGGCUGCACGGGAGUCAGACCAUGCCUGGAGCUUCGUCGAGUUUGGUGGUAAAGUUCGCCGACACCGAUAAAGAGAGGACCAUACGCCGCAUGCAACAGAUGGUGGGUCAGUUCGGCAUCUUCAACCCCACCGUGGCCCUGCCGUUCAGCACCUACAGCAGCACCUACAGUACUUACACACACGCGCUGAUGCAGCAGCAGGCGGCGAUCAUGGCUGCUUCUCACGGGGGUUAUUUAGCGCCCAGCGUUGCGUAUCCAGCGACACAGAUUCACCAGGUGGGGGCGCUCAACAUGAACGGCUUGCCUCCCACCUCGAUGACACCUGUUUCAGGUUUGAGCUCUCCUCCAGCUAACCUGGGCUCGUCUGGCGUCCCGAGCAUCGUGACUCCCAUAGUUAACGGAUUCAGCGGGAUCCCUCACCAACCCAACGGUCAUCCAGUCGAGGCCAUGUACACCAACGGCCUGCCGUCGUACUCCACCCAGAGCCCGAGCGCAGCCGACACGCUUCAGCAGGCCUUCACCGGCGUCCAGCAAUACACAGCCAUAUAUCCUGCCACAACACUGACCCCUAUAGGUCAGACACUGCCACAGCCUGCUCAGAUCAUCCAGCAACAGCAACAGCAGCAGCGGGAAGGUCCCGAGGGCUGCAACUUGUUCAUCUAUCACCUGCCGCAGGAGUUUGGUGAUAAUGAGCUGAUGCAGAUGUUUCUUCCGUUCGGAUCCGUCAUCUCGUCAAAGGUGUUCAUGGAUCGAGCCACCAAUCAGAGCAAAUGUUUCGGCUUUGUGAGCUUUGAUAACCCCGCCAGCGCUCAGGCUGCCAUCCAAUCCAUGAACGGCUUCCAGAUCGGCAUGAAACGCUUGAAAGUGCAGCUGAAACGGCCGAAGGACGCCAGCCGUCCAUACUGACCACAACCAGGGAUGCACACGUGCACUCUCAGCCAUUAGGAGAGGUUUUGAACAGUUGUAGUCUUGACGUUUUGACGGAUGGAAACUUUUCUUGAAAAACUAACACACGAAAAAAAAAAAAAACGACAC